UUGGCGGCUACCAACUAAGAUGUUGUCAUUCACAGGUUGGGCAAGUUGGUGUUUUGUCGUAGUCGCAAAAUAGAUACGGUCGCGUCAAGACGCCUCUUUUUCAACUUUUUCAGUACACAGACGUUGUUCGUCUUCGAAAUCCGAUCAAAUAACGACAACCCCCACAAAGUAUACAAAGUGCGAAUAUCAACAGCAAAAGGACAAGUGGAGCAUUAUUAGUAGAACUAAUAUUGUUUGAUGCCGGUUGCAGAAAACCCAGAUGCAAGUGAAUGUGCAUUGAAUCCGACCCGAAUCGAAUUGAAUCCGAUCGAAGCGCUCAUAGUUUUUACCGCGGUUAGAGCGCUCUUUACUUUUGCCGGUGACCUUCCACCUGUCUGCCCACGUACGUGAUAUCAAUUAGAAGGUUCGUGUGUUUUCUGAAUUGUGAUGUAGCAUUAUUUACCGGAGGAAAUUCUCGAAGGUAUUUGCGUGAUCAGUUUUUCCGGUACGUUUGUUGCAACGAUUGUGUCUCGACUAUGAUUUCAAUUGAUCACAGGUGAAAACUUAAUAUUCAUUAUUCGUUAUUGCGCGAGUGUUAUGCAACUUGCUAAUGUGUGCCGAAUUGGUUUCGAUCAUUUGGAAUUAAUUUUAAUUAGUUAAUUUGCAAAAUAUUGGAUAUUACCGACUUGGAGAGGUUGUCAUAUGGAGUUAACCUUAUUGGCACGACGUACGUUUGAGACCAUAUAGGCCGAGCAUCAGUGAGUCAGCCAGUGUGCGUUUUGCGUUUUUAAUCCACUGUAAUCAAGUCUCACAUGAUCCUAAUUAUUUGAUUAAUUGCUAACCAUAUUGGUGAUCAGCCCAGACAUCACAACCAAAAAGGGUCGUUAGUCAAGUGGUCCAACUGUGAUUGAGCGGAUUGUUUGUUCCACUUUGUUUGUUUACUAUCCGAGCGUGCUUUAUGUUGAAUGUGUCGCUGAUUAUCUGAUUCGGAUUACUUUAUUGCUAUUAUUUAACGAUAUAAAAACGAAAUUUGGAUUAACCAAGUCUGCUGACAUCAUACGCAUCUGUAGGGACAUAAAAUAUAACGACGGUGACGCAAACACUCGCCACAAAUUGGAAUCGAGAAUCAUUUGGAUAGAUUUCUCAUCAGUGUCAUACGCAUAUGUAGAUGAAAUAUAAGAUACACACAAAUUCCAUGUAAAAGAGUCUCAAAAAGGAAGCAUAAAAUGAACGGAGUUAAAGUAUCUUGUAAACGGCAAAGCUUCCUGCUAGUAUGAUACAAAUUUGACGAAAAAGAUUAACGGACAAACUGACUACGUAGAUAGAAAAGUAAAAGAUACGCAAGCGAACGGAAGAUCUAUUCCAACGAAGACCCUGUAAAAGGGAGCGAAAACGAAAGUCAAACGAUAUCUACGUUUGUCCUUUGGCAAAUCUGUGAAAUAUGGAAGUAGGAGUUCAACAAUCUGAUCCAAUUCAGAGAAUUCAAGCAAAUGGACCUCGUGUUUCGUUUAAUAGAGAUGUCCACGUCAAAAGAAUCGGCAAUCGACUCAACGAGGCAGAGAACUAUCCAGUUCAAACGACAAACCUUCAGCCACCACAAAAUUCAAAACCACCGCUAAGAAGAGAGUUGCCAGCCGAUCUCUCUGAGGAGACCAUCCUCAAAGAAGCUGCGUUCGUUCUUGCACAGGCUGAAAAGAUCAAGUGCAAAGCUGAAGGUGGGAGUGAAAUAGUUGGAGGACGAGUAAACGAAAAAUCCAGAGGUCGAAUUCAACGACGAGAACCUCAAAUCCCAAACAAAUUUCACUCACUACCCACCCGAAAAAAUAAGGCAUCGAAACCAGUUAGUCGUAGUGUUAGUGACGUAUCGUCAAAAAAACCUAAGAAACCUUCAAUCUUUAGUAUAUUUAGCCGUAAAAGUGAACCAAAUUUAGAUCAGCUUAGUAGUGCCGACAGCAAAGUCAGCUCUAGAGACAACUUAACUGGGAAGCGUGUAACUCGCAGUAAAAGUGAUGCUGGUUCAUCGAGAGAACAUCCUAAAAUUGUUCGGAAGCGACAUCUUAGUGAAAAUGAGGACAGCGGUGUAAAUUUAUCGAAACAUUCACAACUAAGCCCAAUUAUAGAAAACACACAGAGAGAAGAUUACUUUGCAGAAGAAGACACGAAAGAAACGAAAACUGAAGAAGCGAACAAAGAGAAUUCGAAAGAGUUAGUUAAUAAGCCCGAGAAGAAAUUGAAAUCCAAAUCGAAAGCGAAGUCACCGUCCAAGCAGGAUUCGAAAAAGCCAUCACCUGUCAAAGAUAAAGAGUUCGGCACAUUACCAAGAGCUGAGAAGAAAAACUCAAAAAAGUCAGCUCAGCUGUUCAGUAUCCAAUCCAAGUCGUUGGAGGAUAUGCACUGUUCGCAACUACCACCUGAGAAGCCACCGUUAACAAAAGGUCUCACAGUAGAUGGUAUGGUUAAGCGAUUGUCUAUGGAAAGAUUCUCCCCUCCACCGCACUUGUCAACCCCUGGAUUUUCUUAUAUACGACCGACAAAUGAGCAGCAAGUGAUUUACGCACAAGUUGUAUGCGACAAUAACGAUAGCAAAGCUAAGCAAACGAUUCAUUCUAACUUGGACCCCCAAAAAGAUAUGGAGUUCCAAGCCAGAAACGGUAGAUAUACCGAAAACGGAAGCUUCAAUCAGAGAAGCACAAUUGAACGAAGCCAUUUUCCUAGUCACAAUAAAUCCGAAUUGCAAGUGAACGAAUCGCGACAUCGAUCCUAUUCCCCACAAGUUACCAAGGUUCAAGAUUCCGAUUCACCGCAACCUUGGAAGCAAAGUCCGAGAAAUUUAAGUGACGAAGACGAAGGACUUGGUUUUGAACCACGAAAAUAUUUCGAAGAAGAAAUCCCAGAACCGAGAAUAAAAAUCCAUCGCGAAUACGAGUACGGCAAGAAGUCUCCGUCUGAAGAGCCACCAAUAAUUCCAGUAAUCCGGAAUUUAUCCCCCAUUGACGUUCGAUUGAAUGUAGCUGAUCGUGGACGUGCAGACGGGAUGGAUUCGAAAAGACGUGAUCUGUUUAUUGAAUCUCACAAUGAGUUCAAUGAUUUGAGUUAUCGUCGGGCGGCUCUUGAAUCAAAGAUUCGCAAUCGGCGGCUUGGCUCUGUUGAGCCCGAAACCCGGAGAACUCCUGAACGUGAAUACAGGUACUCACCUGAAAGAAAUGAGGUCCAGAGCUCUCCGAAGUAUUAUAGGGAGGAACGCCAUGAACGGUAUCUAUCUCCAGGCCGGGAAAAUCUCCCGAAGUAUCACAGACUUAACACCGACGAAAUUGUCAAUAAGUAUUCUCCGGAAAGAACUCAUCUUGAUAUGAUAUCUCCAGUAAAGGAGGUAAAAACGUCCCGUUAUGUUCACACGAAAGUAUUUGAUGAUGGCCAUGGUGGGGUUAGGGAAACUUACGAGAAGGAAACGACUUUAGAUGAACAUGGUCAACCUCGUACUAAGGAAACAAGAAGAAGAGAGCGUCUUGAUUCACCCCGCCGGGUACAUGAACCUGAAAUGAUUGGUUAUGAUCGAGAUCAGUUCGACGAACGUUAUCGGACUGAACAUGAACCGAAAAGUUUUGACUCACAAUUUAGUGAACCCAAUCGAUCGUCACCUGAAAAUAUGAAAUAUUUCAAGAAGCACGAAGAACAAUGGUUGGAUAGCCUGACGAGAGAUAAGCGUCAGCAAAGGAGUUUUGAUAAAGGUGACUCCGGAAUUGAAAACGAUUUCAGAAAGGAGUCCUUCAACGGAGAACUUACAUCAAAGUGGCGCAAAAGAACUACCGAUGACGACAUCAGAGCCUGUGAACUGUUUCUGAAAAAGGAGCGUCGUCACUGCGAAGAGCUCUAUCAUAAGCGAUAUGAUUUCGUUUUUCGCGAAAGAAGCAUCGACGAUGGGUCACACUUUGAUCCACGUCUUGACAAAUAUCCAAAAGAAACACUUCGUAAGAAGAAAGAAACGGAUCGUUACUCAAGUCCUAAUCGCGAAGAGGUCGGAACACUGAAACGCGAAAAGAAAAAGGGAGGUCUUGAGAAGGUUAAGCAAUUAUUCACAGGCAGCUCUAAGAAGAAGGAGCAGAAGGAAACACGAGAAGUUAAGGAGAUGAACGGCAAGGCCAGUGAACCACCAAAAGAUCGUUAUAUGGUCCGCGAAGAAGAGAUGCGUCAGCGCUACCACGAAUAUAAACCGCAACACCUAGAACCUAUGAUACCGGACAUAGCUACAAGACGACGAUUAUCCACGCCCAAAGCAAGUCCCCUAUUAAAAAGAACAUCUUCUGAAAAGAGUCCUAAAAUUUCACCGCUGGCUCUAAGGGAUGAUUCAACCAUGACCAAGGCAGAGAAGUCAGGAUGGUUUAAGUCGAUAGAUCGUCGCUCGAAAAAGAAAUCUAACGAGAAGUUCGAUUCUCCCACGAGAACACCAAUCACAACGACAACGGAAGAUGAGUUUUCCACUUUACGAGUGAAAAAAUCGUAUCGAACCCCUGUUGCGCCUCCAGCUCCACCAGUACCCGAGAAAAGUUUACGUUUCUUUGGCGAUACUGAUUUAGAGUCAAAUCCGAGCUUUUCGCGUGCCGCAUCAGCCCCUCGCGCUCGUCCAUCUGUAGCGGCUUUAAGUCGUCAUCAAAAAUAUUCGCAGAGUGCUUAUCACUUGGACCGUAUCACCAAGCCUGUCAACAAAUCACAUACACGAAGCAGCUCCUUACAGAAUUUGGAUGAUGGAAUCGAUGAAGUGGAUCGUACCCGUCGACGACAGCAUUCACGAUCCCGCGAGUUAGAUGAUAUUUCAGAAAGUGCUUCGGACUCAGAGCUCCCUAAACAUCAUAAUGCACGUCAUGCUAGCACUCCCCGACUAUCAUCAUCAAGGGAUGUACGAGACGGUGAACCUGUUGCUCGUCAAAAGAGGUACUACGAGGAGCAUACACACCACAAUAGCAGCGAUCGUGAACAUCAGCGUGAACGCCGUUCACCACCACAUAGAAGAGAUUCCAACGAUCCCGCCCGAAUUGAAUUCAGAAAGCCUCCACCAGGACCACCGGGUCCACCAAAGCCAGCUCGAAGUGUUGAUCGACGAACUACAUAUUCUAGGGAACGUGAUCGAUUACACGAUAGCUCGGGUACUGAAGGAGAGUCGAGCCUACAGAGUCAACGUAGCGUGGUAUAUUUACAUGCAACCACAGUUGGUGCCAUACCUCAGCCAUACCAUUUGAGCUCACGUCGUCGGGCUAUGUCUCGCGAGGAGCUCUCUGCUCUCAAGAAGAAGGAGAAGAUGCAACCGAUGACACGAACAGUAUCUAGAUCUGUAUCAAUGUUAGCUCCCUGGAAACCAAAGCACUUACAUGAAGGAUAUGAAAUAAAUUAUUCGCAAGAACCUACAGAGAAGUCAAAAAAGAAUUCCACAAUACCAAGAAAACCCGGAACAAGCAGCAGCAGUAGCAAAACAAAAAAGGCCACAUCAAGUAGCAGCACAAUGCAACGAUCGAAAAAGAGUGGGUCAUCUCGAGAUGACCUUUCCUCGACGCGGCCAUCAUCCUCAUUAACCAGUGCCUCAAAGUCAGGUAUCUCGUCGGACAAAAAGUCCUCGCCGGACAUCCGAAAGGAUACAAUCAGUCGCCGCAAAGUCAAAUAAUAUUGAUAUCAUCUACCCAUGCAUGUUUUAACGCUAAAUACUCGUACGAAGUUCUAAUCAAAAGGUUAUUAAUAUCUACUAUUUACAUUACCUAUAGUUAUCGUCAAAAAGGAUCAAAAAAUAUUAACCAAUGUGUAAUUGAAGCGAACAGAAAACGAAGAAGAAAGCAGAGUUCCACACGACUCCGCUCCACGGAUUUUUCGCGGUGCUAUGGCUUCUAGACGUAAGUUCUCGGUAAUCCAAUCAAGUCUACUCGUCACUAUUUGUCAUGUAAAUAUUUGCUGCAGUUGUUAAUUAUUGCAUUUGUUUUUGUGUUAUUAACAAAAGCGUCCUGAUCAAAGUGAGCGUCAGUCUAAGCAAUGUAAAAGUGAACUUAUCAACUUAAUAUUAAUUUUAGGUUAAUUUUUAUAAUAAAAUAAAUUACAUUUUAUUAUUUUGUAAA